AUGGAGCGAUCUCUUUCAACAGCUGAUGUGCCGAGGCAGUUUCUCAAGACCUGUUUUCUGACUGGCCAUGUGCCGCUCAAGGCUUUAGCAUCCGAUCCACGCGUUUCGUAUGCGCUCUACAUCCCUCCCUCCCACUACAACGCUAGUCACACCCGCACCAAACUCCCACUGCUUGUUUGGAUUCAUGGUACAGGCAGGAGAUUGAGUGCGCUCUAUGAGGAAGAAUUAGUAUCAUUUGCCGACCGAACACCCUGCGCCAUCCUCGCCCCAUUGUUCCCAGCGGGCCUUGAUGGUCCGAAUGAUUUGGAUUCAUACAAAAAGCUCCGCUCGCCCUCCCUUCGGUCUGACCAGGCACUUUUGUCCAUCCUCGACGAGAUUGCGCCGCGGUGGCCGGAAAUCCAGACAGACAGAAUAUUCAUGAUGGGGUUUUCGGGCGGCGGGCAGUUCGCGCACCGGUUUCUGUACCUCUAUCCCGAAAGACUGGCGGCUGUCAGUGUGGGAGCACCAGGAAGAGUGACCAUGUUGGAUUUCUCGCAGAAAUGGCCCGUCGGAGUGGAAGACGCGGAGGCAUUGUUUGGGCGACCUGUCGGCCUGAAUCGCAUCCAAAAAGUUGCUAUUCAGCUGGUGGUUGGCUCGGAGGAUAAUUGGAUACAUGGCAGCAAGGAGUUUUGGACUUGGCUACAGAAGUAUAGAAACAAAGCGGGGGGCCCACAAGGACCCGGAUCGCUGGACACAAUGGACCAAGGGCGGCUUCAGACUUUGGUGGACUUGCACAGCGCAUGGAAGAGACAUGGGGUUGAGAGCCAGCUUGAAAUAGUUCAGGGCAUCUCGCAUGAAGCCGGACGAGCACGGAAGCAUAUGCUCCAUUUCCUGGAGCCGCUGAUCAGGGGAUUCUAG